AUGCGGUUUUUUGCCCAAGACUUCUCGUGUAUUCAGGGACUACACCUCUCCCAACGAUGUGUUGGCGGCGAUCUAACAGACAUCUUGCAGCUCUUAAAGAUUGACUUUAAGAGCGCCCCCAUGGAAGAAACCGAGAACGAGAGCAAAAAUAAAGACUAUAUGAUUGAACUCUCCAGUGAUUGGUUGCAGGGAACACGCGUGUGGCUGAAGGAACCUGAUUAUAUGUGGCCCUGCACUGUUGGAUCCUGUGCUAAUGGCUCCAUGCUCUUCACUUCAGACUACGGUGAGGUGUUCUGCUAUGUACAAGGCUCUCUGCCAAAAGAAAAAAUUCUGCCAAUGCAUCAGUCAAGUGUAGACGGUGUGGAGGACAUGUCCAUGCUGGGAGACCUUCAUGAGGCUGCCAUCUUGCUCAACCUGCACCAGCGUUACAAGCAGAACCACAUCUAUACAAGCAUCGGUUCUAUCCUGGUUUCUGUGAAUCCCUACAAACCCAUUGCUGGGCUGUACGAUGCGUCCGCCAUUGACUUGUACCGACAGCACUGCCUGGGGGAGCUGCCCCCUCAUAUUUUUGCCACAGCCAGUGAGUGCUACAGCUGCCUCUGGAGGCGUCAUGACAGCCAAUGCAUUCUAAUCAGUGGAGAAAGUGGAGCAGGAAAGACAGAGAGUACCAAAUUGCUGCUAAAGUUUCUGUCAGCCAUGAGCCAGUUCUCCUUGGGUAGCUCUGCUUUGGAGAAGUCCACCCAUGUGGAGGAAGCCAUCCUCGAGAGCAGCCCAGUCCUGGAAGCUUUUGGAAAUGCCAAGACAGUUUAUAACAACAAUUCUAGCCGCUUUGGCAAAUUCAUCCAGCUACAUUUUUCUCCGCAUGGGCAUAUCCAGGGAGGGAGAGUCACGGACUAUUUAUUGGAAAAGAACAGGGUGGUUCACCAGAACCCAGGAGAACGUAAUUAUCACAUUUUCUAUGCAUUAUUAGCUGGUGUCAGCAGGGAACAAAGAGAAGGCCUCCACUUGCUGGAACCCAAGAACUAUCGUUACCUCAACCAGUCUGGCUGUAUAAUCAACGAGGACCUGGAUGACCAAGAGAUGUUCAGCAAAGUUAUGACUGCAUUUGAAAUCAUGGGAUUCAGUUCUGAAGAGAUCAGAGACGUUUUCAAACUUAUAUCUGGCAUUCUACAACUUGGAAACAUUGAGUUCAUGACGGCUGGAGGAGCUCAGAUUACCACAAAAACUGUGCUGCAUAAUGUCAGUGAACUGCUUGGCUUGGACACCUUCCAGCUGUCUGAGGUACUUACUCAAAGAUCCAUGUUUCUACGUGGGGAGGAAAUCAGCUCUCCCCUCACUGUGGAACAGGCUACUGACUCCAGAGACUCUCUUGCCAUGGCCCUUUAUUCACAGUGCUUCUCAUGGAUCAUUGGAAAAAUUAACUCAAAGAUCAAAGGGAAGGAAAAUUUUAAAUCUGUGGGAAUCUUGGAUAUCUUUGGUUUUGAGAAUUUCCAGGUAAAUCGUUUUGAACAGUUUAACAUUAACUAUGCAAAUGAGAAGCUCCAAGAAUACUUCAACAAGCACAUCUUCUCCCUGGAGCAGCUUGAGUACAACAGAGAGGGAAUCAUCUGGGAAGCCAUUGAUUGGAUGGAUAAUGCAGAAUGCUUAGAUCUUAUUGAGAAGAAACUUGGCUUGCUGGCGUUAGUUAACGAGGAGAGUAGAUUCCCCAAAGGCACAGACAGCACCCUCUUGGAAAAACUGCACAACCAGCAUGGGAACAACCAGUAUUACAUGAAGCCCCGAGUGACAGAUUUCCAUUUCGGGAUCCAGCAUUAUGCUGGAGAAGUCCUCUAUGAUGUGAGAGGCUUUCUGGAAAAAAACAGAGAUACCUUUCGAGAUGACAUUUUAAACAUGCUGAAGGAUAGCAGGCUGGAUUUCAUCUACGACCUCUUUGAAAGAGUUGCUAGCUGCAACAGUGAAGACACUCUGAAGUUGGGAACUCAGAGACGCAGGCCAACUGUCAGCUCCCAGUUUAGGGACUCCUUACAUUCCUUAAUGGCUACUCUCAGCACUUGCAAUCCACUCUUCAUUCGCUGCAUCAAACCAAACUUGGAAAAGGCUCCAAAUCUCUUCAGUCCAGAUGUUGUGUUGAAACAGCUGCGAUACUCAGGUAUGCUAGAGACAGUGAAGAUUCGGAGAGCUGGCUUUCCUGUGCGGCGUCUUUGUCAAGAUUUCCUCUGCAGAUACAAAAUGCUUUUGAAGAAUUGGAGCAACCCAGACAGCACAAGAACCACAUGUACAAACUUUUUGCAGAUAUAUGACAACACCCAGAGAGAAUGGAAGCUGGGGAAAACCAAGGUUUUCCUGAAGGAGGUUCUGGAACAAAAGCUGGAAAAGGCCCGGGAAGAGGAGCUGAAGAAGGCGGCCACCGUCAUCCGAGCCCACGUCCUGGGCUACAUGGCAAGGAAGAAGUAUCGAAGAGUGCUAGCCAGUGUUGUGACCAUUCAAAAAAAUUAUCGCGCUCACUUCUGGAAGAAGUCUCUCUUGCGCCUGAAAGCAUCUGCCAUUGUCCUGCAAAAGCACUGGCGUGGAUGCCUAGCUCGCAACCUCUAUCAAGACCUGCUGGAAGAAAAACAGAGACAGAAAGAGGAAGCUGAGGAGCAGAGACGAGAAGAAGAGAGGAUUAGAAAAGAGGAAGAAGACAGGCAAUGGCAAGAAGAGAGGGAGUGUAGAAGGAAGCAAGAAGAGAAGGAAAAGAAAAGGAAAAAGGAGGAGUUGGAAGCAGCACUGCAGGUAGCUCAGAUGGAAGUACUAAAAACCCAGAAGGAGAAUCAGAAGGAGAACCAUCCACUGCGGGAAGAGGAACAGCGUCAAAUGGAGGAGAUUUUGCGGUUGGAAAGGGAAAUUGAGAAGCUGCAGUGGCAACAGAAGGCAGAUCAUGUGUCCAUUACAUGUGAGAAUACCAAGAAUGAGAUGAAGCGGCAGCGGGAAGAAGAAAUACAGAGACUAGAGAAAGAAGCAUCCAGGGUUGCACAGGAGUUCUUAGAACUUUUAGAUUUUGGGAACCUGGAUGAAAGUGUGCAAAACUUAGAACGCUCCCUGUCGAAUGAAGGAACUCUCAACAUUGAAUGUAGCCUUGUUGCUCCACUAGCUGAGGAAGAAGAAGAUGAAGGUUUUCCUGCUGAUGAAGAAGGGCCGCCAGUCCCCAGCCCAAGUCUGUUGAACCAGGACAGUAGCACCAGGACCAGCGAUAACUAUUAUUCAGAGGAAGACACAUCUCCAAAUAUGCCAGUGUCUGGGGAGGAUGAGAACAGAGAAGGUAAUGCUCUGCUUCCUUCUACUGAGAGAGCUGGAAGCCCUCAGAAAGAACAUCUGAAAAGUAUAUACUGGAUAGGCUCGGAAGUAACGCAGAAUGACAUGGUAGAGGUGGAAGAUCCAAUUUACAGCUUGCCUCCAGAUGUGGAAUCAGAUUAUGAUCACGAGGAAUAUGAUGGCAUUGUAGAUGUCAGCAACACAUCAAUUGAGCCACUAAACAGGGAGGAAGGCCUGCGCAAUUCUCAUAGCAACGGUUUGGAUUCCAAUCGUGGAAGCUUGGACUCGUUUCUAGAUACCAAAGAUGAAGAAGGGGAUACUUAUAUGGACACAGAUGAAGAAUUCUGUAGUGGCCGGGUCACUCUGUUCAAUGGAUCUGGGCCCGCAUAUUUUCACAGCUAUCUCUACAUGAAGGGGGGGCUGAUGAACCCCUGGAGGCGGCGUUGGUGUGUCCUAAAAAACGAGGCCUUUAUGUGGUUCCGAGCCAAACAGGAGGCCUUAAAGUCAGGCUGGCUUUAUAAGAAAGGAGGAGGCAUGUCCACAUUAUCUCGGCGGAAUUGGAAACGGCGCUGGUUUGUCCUGAGAGAGGCCAAACUGAUGUAUUUUGAGAAUGACAGCGAAGAAAAGCUGAAAGGAACAAUUGAUAUCAGGAAAGCAAAGGAAAUUGUGGAUAUUCACGAGAAAGAGAAUGCCCUCGAUAUCGUGACAGGUGAUCGGGUUUAUCAUAUAGUGGCGGAGUCACCAGAGGAUGCCAGUGACUGGUUUAAUGUCCUAAGUCAUGUGCAUAGCGCCACAGAGCAACAGCUGAGAGAAAUGCAAGAUGAACAAGCCAAUCCAAAGAAUGCGGUGGGAACCCUUGAUGUUGGGCUUAUUGAUUCUGUCUGUGCAUCUGAUAAUCCUGACAGGCCAAAUUCCUUUGUGAUCAUCACGGCAAAUAGAGUCAUUCAUUGCAACAGUGACAUCCCUGAAGAGAUGCACCACUGGAUCUCUCUCCUACAGAAGCCCAAAGGCGAAUCCAGGGUUGACGGGCAGGAGUUUAUUGUGAGAGGUUGGCUACAUAAGGAGGUCCAGAGCAACAGCAAGACAUUGUCUCCGAAGCUGAAGAAACGCUGGUUUGUACUGACCAGCACUGCCCUUGAUUAUUACAAGUCUUCCGAACGCACUGCCACCAAGCUUGGGACGCUUGUUCUGAACAGCCUCUGCUCAGUGGUCCAGCCCGAUGAAAGAAUCUUCAAAGAAACCGGUUACUGGAACAUCACUGUGCAUGGCAGAAAGCAUUCAUACCACCUCUACACAAAGUUGUUGAAUGAAGCCAUGCGCUGGGCCUCUACCAUCCAAGGAGUCAUUGACAGCAAAGUUCCCAUUGAAACACCCACGCAGCAACUUAUUCGUGACAUUAGGGAAAAUAAUACUAAUUCUGAAGUGGUAGAGCAAAUCUACCGAAGGAAUCCUAUCCUGAGAUACACCCAGCAUCCCUUGCACUCACCACUGCUGCCAUUGCCUUAUGGAGACAUUGGGAUCAACAUGCAGCAAGAGAAGGGCUACAGCAGUCUUCAGGAUGAAGCCAUGAAGAUCUUCAACUCCCUUCAGGAAAUCGAGUCAGUGUCUGACCCUAUCCCCAUUAUCCAAGGCAUCCUUCAGACCUGCCAUGACCUCAGGGGCCUCCGCGACGAAGUCUAUUGUCAGCUGAUCAAGCAAACCAAUCAUGUGCCACAGCCCAACAGCCCUGGUAAUCUUCAUCACUGGCAGCUCAUGACCUGCAUGAGCUGUACCUUCCUUCCCAGCCGGGGAAUCCUCCGUUACCUCAAGUUUCAUCUCAGGAGAGUAAAAGAUCUCUUUCUGGGCACAGAAGUAGACCGGUAUUCUCAGUUCAUCACGGAUUCCCUGAAGAGAACCAAGAGCAGAGAAUUUGUCCCCUCCCAGGAGGAAAUACAAGCACUUAUCGCUCGGGAAGAAAUGACCACUACCGUCUAUUGCCACGGAGGAGGUUCCUGUCAGAUCACUAUCAAUUCUCACACCAGUGCAGGGGAGGUGGUAGAGAAGCUGAUCCGGGGCCUGGCCAUGGAAGACAGUCGGAAUAUGUUUGCCCUCUUUGAGCGCAAUAAACAUGUAGAUAAAGCCAUUGAGAGCAGGGUGAUUGUAGCAGAUGUUUUGGCCAAGUUUGAAAGACUUGCUGGAUCCAUGGAAGAGGACGUGGACGGCCAUUGGCAGCUGUAUUUUAAACUCUAUUGCUUUCUUGAUGUUGAAAAUGUUCCCAAGGAGGGAGUGGAAUUUGCCUUUAUGUUUGAGCAGGCGCAUGAAAGUCUCAUUGAUGGUCACUUUCCUGGCCCAGAGGAGACCCUGCAACACUUGGCAUCGCUGAGACUGCAGUAUCUUUAUGGGGACUAUUUAAAAGUCUCCUGGUCCCUCGACAGCGUCUAUCCAGUGAACCGUCUGAAGUUGAAAAUUCUGCAGUCCAUGAAGAGCAGCGGUUCCAGCAGCCAAGUUCUGGAGAGAAGGCGGACUAGCUUCCUGGAGGGCACUCUGAAGCGCGGCUUCAAGACAGGCUCAGUGAAGAAGCAAAAAGUGGAAGAGGAGCAGAUGGUAGAGAUGUGGGUGAAAGAAGAACUGUCAGCAGCUCGGGCCAGCAUAGCGGAAAAGUGGAACAAACUGCAGGGGUUGCUACAGCAACAGGCCAUGGUGGCUUACAUGGCAAUCAUGAAAGAAUGGUCAGGUUACGGCUCCACUCUCUUUGACGUUGAGUGCAAAGAAGGGGGAUUUCCCAACGAUCUUUGGCUCAGUGUCAAUACAGAGAACGUGUCACUGUACAAACGGGGAGAGCCAAAGCCUCUGGAAACUUUCCAGUAUGAGCAGAUUAUCUUCUUUGGAGCCCCCCAGCCCAACACCUUCAAGCUGACUGUGGAUGAAAGAGAGAUGUACUUUGAAACCCCUCAGGUGGGAGAAAUAAUUAAAAUCAUGAAGGCCUACAUCAACAUGAUUGUGAAGAAAUGCUGUAGCAUCAGAUCAGCCACCAGCUUGGACAGCCAUGCAAGUAUUUGGAUGAGGUGAUUUGAUUUGCAGAGUUAAUUAUGCUGCUGAGAAGGACAUGUGGUGUGACUCAGCCCAAUUUGUAGCAGAUUCAUUUUGUAAGAAAACAUUACUCUAUAAUUCUCCUUCCAGCAUCUUGCCUGACAGACACAUAAAGGGUUACAGUUGAACAUCCAGACCUUUUAUAAUAAAAAUUAGAACAUCACAGGCUAGAUCCUGUUUUACGUGGAUUUUUCUUGAGCCCGCUCUUUGUGGGUCAGAUCUUACUGCAAGGACAAUGCAAGAGCCAUCUUUGCUUGAAAGAUCAUCACGCGAAAAAAAUUUCUGCAAUAAAAGCAGCAGGAGAGUUGCUUAAGUUAAUAUCAGCCAGAAUUCCACAUCUGAGAUUUUGUUAGCUCUUCCUUGGGUGGAGCAUGUGUGAUUUCUCAGGAAUGAGCUGCUACAUCUCAACAGACGUCAUCUUUCUAAGACUGUUACUAUCUCCAGUGGCUUCAAGCAAAGACUUCAAAUUCCAAAUCAGUUUUCAGUACAUCUAUAGGCUUGGGACUCCUGCUACAUGGGAGAUCAGCUGUCACAAGGCUGCAUAAAUGUAAAGACAUGGCAUUGUUCCUUCUUGAAGUCCUUCGUAACUUUUCAUGCUGCAUGUUUGGGGAAGUGCCACUUAGUAGAAAAAAAAUAUUUAUCUGGUUCAUUCAGAGGAUAAAGUCAAAUUUUAUAUUCCACCUGUAUGCUGCAGUUCUCUUUCUUCCUUGGCAAGGAGUUUGGACUUUGCAGUAUUUUGUUAAUGUUUUAUUUUUCUGCACUGCCAUCAUAGAUAAGUAAUGGGAAGAAUUGGUGGCAACGUGGACAGAAAGAACAGCCUGAGGGCAUUUCUCCUCUUCUGGUCUGAUGCCUCCUGGAUAUGUUGUAACUGAAUACAUCUAAAAGGUGCCAGGCUGGAGAAAGAUACUCUGAGCUUAAGGUUAAAUGUGAUUUGUGUAGAAAAUAAUAGAUUGGCUCACUUGCACUGAAAACAUUUUGGAAAACCGUUAAACAAAAUACUAUAAAAUGCUCUAAAUUCCUUGCUAAGAAAAUAAGAGGGUCUGAACCCUCAAUGCGGUUUCUGCAAAAUGAACAGGUUUACUUACAGAUCUAGUUGAUCUGGGUUUGAUAGUAAUUACGAGAAAUAAAUGGCAUCAGGGCGAAGAGGAAAGCUGCUGUCUCUCUUGGUGCUGCCCAGAGGCUUUGGGUUAGAAUUCUCCCACCCCUUUUCUACUAGCUAUGGCAGCUGAGACUGAAGAAGAAUCCAGACAUCGGAGAGCACAGGAUUAUUAUCUAGCCUCUGUCCCAAUGUGCAAGUAUUCUUUCAGAGUUUAUAAUUGAGACAUGCAAGCUCUUGAAUUGUGUGCCCAUGCCCAGUCCUGAAUUUAAAUUACAGGUAGUCCUCAACUUGCAACAGUUAAUUUAGUGACUGUUCAAAGUUACAACGGCACUGAAAAAAGUGACUUACGACCGUUUUUCACUUAUGCCUAUCAAAUGAUCAUGCGAUUUACGUUCGGAUGCUUGGCAAGUGAUUCACAUUUAUGAUGGCCACAGCGUCCUGGUGUCACGUGAUCCCCUUUUGUGACCUUCUGACAAGCAAAGCCAGUGGGGAAGCCAGAUUCACUUAACCAACUGUGUUACUAAUUUAACAACUGCAAUGAUUCACUUAACAAACGGGGCAAGCAAAGUCAUAAAACGGGGCAAAAUUCACUGAACAAAUUUCUAACCUAGCAACAUGAAUUUUGGACUCAAUUGUGGUCGUAAGUUGAGGACUGCCUGUACUUUCAGUCACAGUACAAAUGUUUGCCAAUCCUAAUACAGCUAAGCAACACUUCUCUGACUGGGCUUUCUCCUCAUGCGUGAGCUUCAGCUCUUGGCUGAGGAAUGCUGAGCUAGAGAUGUCCACCUACCACCUUCUGGAAAUUUCUCAUGCUUCAUGUUGGGGGAAGUGACACUUGAC